AUGGAUCACAACCAGUUUAAAGUUUUCAUCGACCAACAAGCCAGAUUUUUUCAACAACUUGUCCAGUCGGUGAGCAGUGGAAAUGGAUCCCGAGGAGGAGAAUCCUCAACCCAGCAGCCAUGUGCCUCUGGAGUUUCCGUUCCCCUACCGUCCCCUUUGGCAUUGGACGGUGAUAUGGCCGAAAAUUACGAUUUGUUCGAAAGGAGCUGGCAGGAGUAUGCAAGCGCAAUUGGUAUGGAUCAGUGGCCAGACACGGAUAACAAGAAAAAGGUUAGUUUUUUGCUGUCCGUAAUCGGGGAGCCGGCCAGAAAGAAAUUCUUCAAUUUUGAGCUGACCGAAGAGCAGAAAGUGAACCCGGAAGCGGCUCUUAGAGCAAUUAAAGCGCUAGUAGUGCCGAAACGAAACUUGAUCGUGGAUCGUCUGGAUUUUUUCGGGGCAAUGCAAUUUUCUGGUGAAUCAGCUAACGAUUUUUGCUCCCGGCUGAAAAUGCUUGCUAAACUCGCCCGGCUUGGUGAUCUCGCUACGGAAUUAGUUACAUUUAAGCUGGUCACUUCUAACAAGUGGUCACAUCUGCGGACAAAAUUGUUGACCAUUACGGAUGUCACUUUGGAGAAGGCGAUGGACCUUUGCAGAGCUGAAGAAAUCGCCUCGUCUCGUGCAGUCGAACUCGGCGCAGGAAACCAGCAAUCGGAAGUGAAUAAAAUAAAAAAAUCGAAGGAAAAACCGGAGAAACUACCCCUUUGUAAAUUCUGCGGGGAUCACCACGAGUUCAUCAAAGGAAAGUGUCCAGCAUUCGGAAAGCGGUGCACCAAAUGUGGAGGAAAAAACCACUAUAGAAAAGUGUGCAAAUCGAAUGACAAAUCGAAGAGUCGUCGAUUUAAAAAAGUGAAAGAAGUGAAAAAUAGUGAUACAGAAGAGUCGGACAGUGAUUCGAAUUGUGAAACGUCUUCGCAAGAAAGUGAGGCAGAGUACGAAAUUGGAAAAGUGUAUGACAAUUCGAAAACUGGUGGAAGUGUUUUGGCCGAACUGGACCUAAAAUUUAACAAAAAAUGGAAAGCAGUUAUGUGUGACUUAGACACUGGUGCAAACACAAGUUUAAUUGGCCAUGAUUGCCUAGUGAAACUUUCUUGCGAUAGUCGUCCUGCUAUCCUGCCGACGAAGUUCCGACUACAGGGGUUCGGAGGAAACCCAAUAAAAGUGAUUGGACAAAUAAAAGUGCCCUGUCGUCGACGUGAUCGAAAGUUUAUCCUGGUACUCCAGGUAGUGGAAGGAGAUCAUCGACCGCUGUUGUCUGCUAAGGCAUCCCGUGAGCUGGGGUUCGUGAAAUUCUGUCAAUCGGUUUCGUUUACGGAGCCAACAGCAAACCAAGUGGAGCGACUGCUAAACAUCUACAGAAUUGAGGCUCAAGGAUUAGUGAAUGAAUAUAGUAACCUCUUCAUUGGAUAUGGAAGGCUGCCCGGAGAGGUCUCUCUUGAAGUUGACAGUUCGAUAACGCCGUCAAUUCAACCACCCCGGCGUGUCCCAAUAGCGGUUCGUGAUAAGCUGAAGAAGGAAAUUGAAAUGCUCGAAAAAGACGGUAUAAUAGUCAAGGUAAACCGACACACCGAGUGGGUAAGUAACCUCGUAAUAGUCCAACGGGGUGGGCCAGACUCGGGGGUUCGUAUCUGUUUGGAUCCAGUACCUUUGAACAAAGCCUUAAAACGACCCAACUUGCAAUUUGUUACCCUUGACGAAAUUCUCCCGGAACUGGGAAAAGCAAAAGUGUUCUCUACCGUCGAUGCUCGAAAAGGUUUUUGGCAUGUAAUGCUUGACGAAGCCAGCAGUAAAUUGACCACCUUUUGGACUCCAUUUGGCCGGUACCGCUGGACUCGUUUGCCUUUCGGUAUUGCACCAGCACCCGAAAUUUUUCAAAUUAAGCUGCAAGAGGUAAUACAGGGGUUGAAGGGGGUCGAGUGCAUUGCCGAUGAUCUUUUAAUUUAUGGCGCAGGUGAUUCCCUCGAAGAAGCUCUGAUUAACCAUAACGAGAACUUAAAACAACUAUUUUGUCGUUUAGAACAACAUAACGUCAAAUUAAACAAAUCCAAACUUAAGUUGUGUGAGAGAUCGAUUAAAUUUUAUGGCCACAUACUUACGGAUCAGGGUCUCCAACCAGAUAACGACAAAAUAACAGCUAUUCGAAACUAUCCGACUCCAUCAAAUCGUAAAGAGUGGACUACAGUUGAGCAAGAAGAAUUCGAAAAAGUUAAAGCUUUGGUUUCAAACAGUAGCACUCUGAAAUAUUAUGACAUAACCCAACCGCUUACCAUCGAAUGCGAUGCAAAAAGAAACUACGCUCAAAUCGAAAAAGAGCUAUUGGCCAUUCUAUUCGCCUGUGUACGUUUCGAUCAGCUGAUAGUAGGGAAUCCCAAAGCUACAGUUAAAACCGAUCACAAACCUCUCAUAGCGAUAUUCAAAAAACCAUUGCUUUCCGCCCCCCGCCGAUUACAACACAUGCUAUUAAAUCUACAACGUUACAACUUAUCGGUAGAAUUUGUAACCGGCAAAGAAAAUGUGGUCGCUGACGCUCUCUCACGUGCUUCUACGGCUUCAUCAGAUCUAGAUUGCUAUAAGAAGAAUACCAUCUACAAGAUUUUCAAGAAGGUUGAAAAUGUUAAAUUGAGCUCAUUUCUGAGCGUGUCGGAUAGCAAAAUAAAAGAAAUCAUCGAGCAAACUGAAAAUGACCCCACGAUGCAGCUGAUUUUGCGCUACAUUCAGAAUGGUUGGCCAGUCUCCGUUGACCAGGUACCCGAUAGUGUGAGAGUAUAUUUCAGCUACCAUAACGAACUGUCCACUCAAGAUGGCUUGAUUUUUCGAAAUGAUCGAAUUGUCGUUCCUCACAUUCUUCGAAGAAACCUCAUUGACAGCUGCCAUACCAGUCAUAACGGUAUCGAAGCGACUUUGAAACUCGCUCGCUCCAAUCUCUUCUGGCCUGGAAUGUCAUCGCAAAUAAAAGAUGUUGUUCAACAAUGUACCAUAUGUGCCAAAUACGCUCCAUCUCAAUCCAAUCCCCCGAUGUUGAGCCAUGACAUUCCUGUUCAUCCGUUCCAGCUCGUUUCAAUGGACGUGUUCUUCGCGGAGUACAAAGGAGCAAAACGUAAUUUCCUUAUUACUGUGGACCAUUACUCCGACUUUUUCGAGCUCAACAUUUUAAAAGAUCUCACCCCCGACUCUGUGAUUGCUUCGUGUAAGGAAAAUUUCUCUCGACAUGGGGUUCCGCAGCGGGUUGUCUGUGACAAUGCCACCAAUUUUACCAGCCAAAAAAUGGUUAAGUUUUCAUUGGAUUGGGAUUUCCAGCUUGUCUCUUCCGCUCCCUAUCAUCAACAGGCCAAUGGGAAAUCCGAAGCUGCCGUGAAAAUCGCCAAACGCCUAUUGAAGAAAGCAGAGGAGAGUGGUACGGAUUGUUGGUACGCUUUAUUGCACUGGCGCAAUAUUCCAAAUAAGGUGGGUUCAAGCCCAGCAACUCGCUUGUUUUCACGAUCUACUCGUUGUGGUGUGCCGGUAGCAGCUGAACGAUUGUGCCCAAAAGUAGUAGAAAAUGUUCCACCUGCAAUUGAGAAAAACCGUAAGAAAGCCAAGUACUACUACGACAAGAAAUCGAAGCCACUACCUGAGUUGCAAAAAGGAGCUCCGGUACACGUACAACUUAGACCUGACACAUCCAAAACCUGGUCACCAGGCACAAUAGCCAACCGCCUCAACGAUCGUUCGUAUUUGGUGAAUGUUGAUGGUGUGGACUACCGUCGCUCGCUGGUACAUUUGAAGCCACGUAAAGAACCUGAAACACCGCCUCUCAGCUUGCCAUCCACGGUUCCGAAUCCAAGCGAAGCAGUUUAUCACAAUCCUAAAGACUCACAACCGAAUUCCUACACCCGAAAUGACGAUUUCGCCGAUGGUCAAACUCAACAUUCCGAGAAACAGCCAACUGCUUUGUUUACCCGAAAUGAAAACACAUCGCCUGCUGAGUCUUCGAAAAUGGGGCAACCGCCCACAAGCACGGAGAAAAAAACACAAGCGCCGCGCCCAAAAAGGAUCGUUCGUGCUCCAGCAAAACUCAAAGAUUAUGACCUGGACUUUUAG